CGCACGAGGACGAUGGCAAGGUUGUGGAUUAUAGCGUGUUUUGCAGUAUUUUACAUGCUGAGCUGCUCUCCUUCCUGUGUUGAUGGCAGAAGACCGACACCGGCGAACUGGAUGUGCGACGAGGACACUGUAUGUGUAGCACAUUCCACGUGUCAACACACACACUGGUUUGACAACUCGUACUGUAUAUGUGACGACGGCUAUUUGGCGAAGUAUGGCAUGUGUAUCCGCAGGGGAGCAUCCAUCGAUAACCUCGAAAGCGGGGCGGGGUCAUUACAAGUAGGACUGUGGUCUGUCUUCACCUGCAUCGCUCUAGGAUUUAUGCGUGGAGUGAAGUCAUGUGGACGUACAGGUUAUCGGUCGGGAUUGGGCAUCUUCCUGAUAUGUCUCGUGAUUGCCGCUACUUGCUUUACGGGAACGUCGGCCAAGGUCAUCUACGCAAACCACGAAUGUCUCGGCGACGACACAUGCAUAGAACACGCGGUGUGUGCCGAUAAUCUGUUCUGUACUUGUAUCGAGGGCUACGAGGCCGUGUUCGACCUCUGUCUCAAAAAGGGAGCAGCCGGAACCAGUGCUGGCGCGUCAUUACACUCAGGGAUGCUGUCUGUCUUCACCUGCGUAGCGCUGGGGUUGAUGGUUGGAGCUAAACUGAGCAGGCAUGCAGGGUAUAAAUUUGCAGACUGACAAUGAAUACAGCAUAACAGUUUAAAAAAAAUGGGCAUUGGCAAGAAAAAGAAAACAACAAAUUUUUAUAGAGCAGUAUGUAUUGUUUCCCAUCAACCAUGACUAUGAGUAACAUCACCAUGGGCGUCGUUGCCGACAUCAUCACCGUCGCCUACACAACCUUCCUCGGAAACAAUCAUCUCCCGAUUCAACAUUACCAUCGCGAUGAUUAUCAUUACUAAUGUCGUCGUCACCGACACUAUGACUGUCGCCUACAGAAUUGUCGUCGUUACCGACACUUUGACCGUCGCCUACAGAAAUGUCGUCGUCAACGACACUAUGUCCGUCGCCAACAGAAAUGUCGUCGUCACCGACACUAUGUCCGUCGCUACAGAAAUGUUGCCGUCAACGACACUAUGUCCGUCGCCUACAGAAAUGUCGUCGUCAACGACACUAUGUCCGUCACCAACAGAAAUGUCGUCGUCACCGACACUAUGUCCGUCGCUACAGAAAUGUCGUCGUCACCGACACUAUGUCCGUCACCUACAGAACACCACCAUCGCGAUCAUACCAAACUAUAUCCACCUGAAUCAUACUUUGCGUUUAUGUGGUUAAGUGAGUUGAGACUGAGGCUGAGAUCUGGCUUGAGUAUUUUUGUGAUUUUGGGACCUGGUCGUCAAUACGUACUUAAAAGGUGACGGUAUUGAGCGUAUGGACUGACCAUCCCGAUCGCCCGACUUAACCCCAAUAGAGCAAGCAUGGGACAUACUCCAUAGACCGAUUAGUUCGAGACCCUUCCCUCCUCAGACACAGGAAGCUCUGUCACAGGCAUUUAAUGAGGAGUGGGCACGGGUCCGCCGUCCACAGAUUAGGAAGUCGAUUCGCAGGUUCCGAUCUUAGAUGCUCGUGGUGAACACACACGGCAUAAACAUUUGGUGGUGUAUGCUGGUUGCUGGUGAAAGUGUUGUGAUUUUUACACACCCAUUUUACGUGUAAUUAAUCAAUUGUUAAGAUAGAUAUCGAACGCAGAUCUCUUUGAUAUUUAUUUGAUGUCAUUUUCUAUUGCGAACCUUCACAAUUGUUUAUAAGAGAUAAUAAAUUAUCAUCCGUUUGAUCGAUGUCCAUAAACAAUCUAAAAACAAAGGCUUAUUCAGUUUGCGGUCCUUAACUUGUUUUGAGGAGUAUUUUUCAAAAGCAUUUUUUUAGUCACAGAAUAUUGCUAUGAAAUACAUAUUUUAUUACAUAAACCUACACGUGUGACUUGACCUUUGAGAUGACGGUUGUACUCGCUACACAUCUAUCCAUGU